AUGGAGAACCAGACAGGGAUCAGGGAGUUCAUACUCUUAGGCUUCACAGACAUUUGGGAGCUACAAAUCCUACUCUUUGUGCUUCUUACACUCACCUAUAGUUUGACAAUAACAGGAAACCUUUUAAUCAUUGCAAUCACCUUGCUGGACCACCGUCUCCAGACACCCAUGUAUUUCUUCCUCAGGAACUUUUCCCUCUUGGAAAUUGGCUUCACUACUGCUGUCGUCCCUGAAGCACUAGCCAACCUAGCACUAGGAACAACAACAAUUUCUUUUCUUGGGUGUCUUACCCAAUCCUUUCUGUAUUUUUUCCUAGGUACUACUGAGUUCCUCUUAUUAGCAGCAAUGUCAUUUGACAGAUAUGUGGCCAUUUGUAACCCUCUGCGCUAUACCACCAUCAUGAACACUCGAGUUUGCUCACUGUUGGUUUUGGGCUCUUGGAUAGAAGGUUUCCUCUUUGUGCUUCUCCCAACAAUAGCGUUUCUCCAGCUGCCCUUCUGUGGCUCCAAUAUUCUUAACCAUUUCUUUUGUGACAACACACCCUUAAUGAAACUGCUCUGUGGAGACACUCAGCUCCUGGAGCUCAUUUCCUUCAUUACUGCAGUGCUGUCUCUAUUGGGCACUCUCAUAAUCACUGUUGUUUCAUACAGUAAAAUCAUCCUCACUGUGAUGAGAAUCCCCUCUAACAUAGGCAGGCAGAAAGCCUUUUCCACCUGCAUUUCUCACCUCACCGUGGUCUCUAUUACUUAUGGCACCUGCAUUUUUCUGUAUAUCAAGCCAACACAGAGCAACGGGCUGGGCACCAGCAAGGCAAUUGCGGUUCUUAACACUGUUGUGUCUCCGUUACUCAACCCCUUCAUCUACAGCUUGAGGAACAAGGAGGUUCAGAGUGCCUUGAGGGAUAAUUUGGGGUACAGUUUCCCCAAAAGCUCUGCACUGAUCUUC